AUGUCUUCUAAUAUUCCACGUAAUUUAAAUAAAAAUAUGAGAAAACGUCAACAAUUCGAUUCUCCAAUGAAAUUUCAUGUAACGAAAAGUAAUUCGAAUGAUGUAUUUCGAAGUUCUGAAGAAGAAUUAUUCAUACCUCAUCGAAAAAUACCAAUCACUAAUUUACAUUCAUCUGGGUAUCUUCUUCUUUGGACUUAUUCCCAACAUAUUCUUUCUUUUAGUCUUGUUUGUAUUAUUAUUAUUGUUUGUUUUAGUUUAACUUAUGCAAGUAUUGAAUUAAAAAAUGAAGUUCAAAGUCUUUCUUCACGUAUUAGUGAAAUCGAAAAGAAAUUUUUAAACACAGAAUUAAAUCAUAGUUUACCAAUAAUAGAACAAAUAAAAACUCGUGUUCAAUUGCUUGAAAAUUGGAAUUUUUCAUUUAUUUAUAAUCACUUACAAAAACUACAAGUUCAAAUGUUGUUAAAUAAUUUUAUCUUAUCUAACCUGCAGAAAAUUGAACAUAACUCAGCACAUUUGUUUAAAACAACGAAUGAAUUGAAUAAUUUAAAUCGAGAAAUGGAAAAUCGAAUAGAAAACACGAUAAAUAAAAGUAUAGUUAAAUCAUAUGAACAGUUUAAUUUGCUUCAGAAUGAAAUUCAAAGUUUCAAUCAAAAUAUCAAAAUAGAAGAAUUGACAAAACAUCUAGAGCAAUUAACUAAUCUUGUACAUAAUUCAUCUGAUGAAACAUCAGUUAUUCUCAAUGACUUUCAGUCUGAUCUUGAUAAAUUAAAAAAUAAAAUAGAUCAAUGCAAAUGCUUCAAAGGUAAAUAA